UGGAGGCUGACUCCAGGUCAGAUAUGUAUUUAUUCACCCGCUUUGCUCUGGCCCCGGCAACACAUCUUACAACAUGAUCAUGACGAUACAGAGCAUCUUGCUCCUCCUCGUCGCUGGCCAUCUUUUCGUGCUAAACUCUUUGUGCACACCGAAGGCCUUCGACACCAACGGUACCUCCCUCAUCACGGCGCCGGCGGAUGCGGCCCUCGGGCCGUGCCCGUUCGCGUUCCCCGCGCCGCUCACCUUUGAGGAAGCCAUCGUUGACCUCUGCCCCGUCGACGGCAACAACGACCACCAUCCCGUCGACAUCUCACCGGGCGCUAAACCAGCUGCGCCUCCGAAAGCUGGUGUGGUCACCAACACUUUGUCGACGACGCCUGGGUCUGUCAACGUCUGCUUCAUCCCGCCUUCAUCCCUCGUCCAACGCUCCUCUCCCGCCAGCCAGCCAGGAGCGUAUGACGCCUGGGUCGACGUCGAUGAGGACGUCCGUCGCAACGAAGACAAAGGCGAGGUCGACUGGGCCGGGCUUGCGCUCCUGGCUCAGCGCGCAUGCUUCGUCGCGCUGGUUUUCUUCCUGACAGUACGUCGCCUGGGACCCCUGUCAGACUCUUCGUUCUCGCCAGCUCGUGGAUGGAAUCAAGUCAAGCGUGGCGGCGGCGACGGCACUCGAGUCGCUCAACACGGUCUUGGAGGCGUCGAUCUCGGGCUUUGA